AUGGUGGGACUAGACCAGACAAUGUCAUCCAGCCCGAAUCGCGGAAAAGACGCCGGUUCCAACAGCCGUCCCGCUAGCAAGGAUGGCUCCAAAAAGAACAUUUGGUCCUCACUGCUAGAUGGUGCCGCUAAUGGAAAGCGCUUGCCAGAGAAGAAUCUGUUAAUUCUCGCUUUGAUCGCGCUCCAUGGGGAACACAGUGUUAAUUCGGAUUUAGGUGGAACUCCGGAGAGUCAAAGGGACUUCUUAGAAAGCUUCUCUGCAGACACGUCUGCAAAUCCUAGCUUGGUGAAUGAUAAGCGCAAGGGAAAGACACCGCCAAUCGCUAACCAGCAUGCCCUGGGAUACACAUAUCGGGAUGUUCUUGACGCCGACCAUGAAGAUACAUUGGCGCGCGUCUCCGCCUACCUUCUAUCCGAACCUGCUCCGUCCUUUGCACCUCUCCUCAAACCUCUUCUAACCCCUCAAUCCGUUCCGGAAACGUUGGUAGUAAUUCUUAUGGAUUGGUCAGAUCCAUGGACAUGGCCUCGGCGACUAAGAGAAUGGGUCCGAUUGCUUCGUUCUGUGCUCGUAUCGCUGGAUGACGACACAAAGAUGGUGAUGGAGGAGAUCAUGACCGAAUGGCGCGACCGUAGAAGAGGAAUGGAUACCAACGCUACAUCAACGAGCGCAGUCACAAUACCACUAGGACCAGGUGAGUGGGAUGAGGGACUGGGAAUCCCAAUGUGUGUUGUUUGUCAGGGAGCGGAUAAGAUCGAAAAACUGGAGAAGGACCACGGCUGGCACGAGGAACAGUUUGAUUUCAUUCUUCAGUUCAUGCGAACAAUCCUGUUGAAGCAUGGCGCGUCACUCAUUUAUACCACACCUUUUCUUGCCAACUCUCUCCAGAGCCUGAUCCACUCAUCAUUGGGCAUACACUCUCUUUUGAAACGACAAUCAUUAAAACACAAUGUGAUCGACCGUGACAAGAUCCUCGUACCCUCCAACUGGGACUCAUGGGGUAAAAUUCGAAUUAUUCGUGAAGGAUUCGACAUGGAGGGGCCAUCGGACUUGCUCGCAAAUACCAGCCAGGAAAAUGAAGAUGGGGCAGAUGACGGAACAAGUGCCGUCGUUGUGUUUGAACAGACCAUCAAAGAUCCCAAGCGCGACUUGACAAUCGCUCACCCCAGCACCAUGAAUGGAAAUAAGAUUGAGGUCGAGACAUCCGACGCGCAAGGCUUCUUGAAUCAACAGCUUGAGAAGCUUGACCAGCUCAAGGCCGAAGACGAGAAGGAUCGUGCCAGUCAGCCAAUUCCGCAGCUGGAAAUGUCGCCUAUGGACGACCAAGGCCGUGUCAACGAACACAUAGGCCCUGUCCAGUUUAACAUGGGCGGAAUUCAAGUGGAUGCAGACGAUAUGCUGAAGAAACUUCGGGACCGUGAAGCUAGUCGAAUUCAAAGAAAAGAUACUCUUCCCUCAACCCCCGGCGAUGAGAAAGCGCACAACCAGGCACUAGCGAACUUCUUUGCUGGCCUCGUUAAGAAACCGGGUGCUAGUCCCCGUGGAAGUCCUUCCUCUUGA